AUGGGCAGACUCGAGGGCAAAACGGCUAUUGUGACAGGUGCUGCCAGUGGUUUCGGCAAGGCCAUAGCGCUUCGUUUUGCUGAGGAGGGCGCGAAUGUCGUCGUGGCAGACCUCAACACUGACGCUGGGGAAAAGGUGGCAUCUUUGCACAGCAACCUCAGAUUUGUCCAGACGAACGUCACACUCCUCAGCGACUGGGAAAAGCUGGUCAAGGAAACCAAAGCUCUCUUUGGUCAAAUCCACGUUCUUGUCAACAACGCAGGCACAUCGUACAAAAACAAGCCUACACUACAAGUCACAGCGGAUGAGUACGACAGGUGUUUCGACGUCAAUGUCCGGUCAAUCUUCUGGUCCGUUCCAACUGUGGUCCAGGCCAUGAUCGAACAAGGGCAAGGCGGCAGCGUGGUGAACAUUGCUUCUAUCGGCGCACUCAGACCACGUGGCGGCUUGGUGUGGUAUAAUGCGUCCAAGGGUGCCGCCUUUAACGCGACCAAGGGCCUGGCGGCAGAAUAUGCCUCGAGCAAGAUCCGAUUCAAUGGCGUCCUCCCUCUCUUGUCUGCGACGGGCCUCUGGUCGAGCUUUACAGGCACAGACGACACACCGGAGAACAGGGCCAAGUUUGUUGGCAAUGUGCCCCUGGGAAGGCUGACAGAUCCCAUUGACGUGGCCAAUGCGGUCGUGUACUAUGCGAGUGACGAGUCGAGUUUUGUCACCGGCACCAACCUCGAAGUCGACGGAGGUCGCGCCAUUUCCUAG